AUGGAGGGCAACGCCUCGGUCCCGCGCGGGUCGUUUGGCGAGGCCCAGCGCGCCGUGUACGCGAUCGCCGUGCCCGUGCUUCUGGUCGGCUGCUCGCUGGCGUUCGUCUUUAACGCGGGCGUGCUGCUCUCGUUGCGCUGGUUGAGGCGGCCUGUGUCACCCACGCUCUGCUUCAGCCUCUCCCUGACAUUCGCCGACGCCUACUCGGCCCUGCUGCUGGCCACCGGCUUGGUCCUCAACAGCUACCUGCCCGUGUACGGCGUCUCGCUGGGUUCCCAGGCGCGCUGCAUCGUGCUCGUCCUCGAGGUGUUUCGCCUGUCGGGCCUGCUGGCGUCCGCGUUCCACCUGCUCGCGCUUGCCGUGAACCAUUACGUAGGCAUCCUGCGGCCCCUCCACUACGCCGCCAUGGUCACGCGGCGGUCUUCGGAGCUGGCCAUCGCCGUGCUGUGGGCAGUUCCCGUGCUCGUGUUCCUCGUAUAUUUCGCCUCGGUUCCCGGCCAGGGGCUUCAGUCGCCCGGCUGCGUCCAGGUGGACUUCGUGCGUGGUCGCGCCUUCAGCCUGACGCUGCUUGCGCUCUUUUCGUCACCGUUGGCCGUCAUGACGUUCAUUUACUCUCACAUCUUUGUCAUCAUACGGCGCCACCGGGCGGGCCUGGUCAGUUUCCCAUCGGCUCGUCAGCUGAACCGAAAUGUCAAAGCUGCCUAUACGACGCUCUGGAUCCUGGGCACGUACCUUAUCGGAUGGAUGCCUGCCGUAGCAUUCAUCGUCCUAACCUGCACCGACUGCGCUUUCCCAAUCUACGACCUGCCCAUGAGGACGCGCAUGACUCUCGGCAUUCUCACCAAUGCGCUCAUCAUCUCCAAAGGCCUCAUAGAUCCGUUCAUUUACGCGGCGCGCAUGUUCGAGGUCAAAGAGGCCCUGCAGAAUAUGCUUCGCUGCCGGCCUCGCAGGUCCAAGAGCAUGCGCCGGCGCUCUCUCCUCGUCACGAAGACAGACACUCUAACGUCCAGCCUGCGCAUGAUUCAGCUGCGCAGGGAAUCGUUCAUCGUGGCCAAACCCAGGCCGGACAUAUGUCGUUGCUCGAGAGCCUGA